GGCGCCUCAGUUUGCUCGCGCUGCCCGCGCAGCUCACUCGUGUGUUCAACUUACGUUGCCACAAACGAAAACCGACUUGCCGAUACGAAUUUGGAACAUUUUCGACCGGUAAAGUCGGUUCAACUGUCGCUUUUAAACGGCAGAACAGCGACCGCCUAAAUUUCGCAUUGCGAAUCGGACGUGCUAUUGCCUCACUCUGUUACGCUGGUGUCUUAACAGAUAACUGUGAAGGAACGUGUGUGAGCCUCGAUCGUUCGGAGUCAGCAGUGUUGUGCUAUCAGUGCUGUGGAAUUGGAGCAUGUGUUUUGUGGAAAGUGUUAAUAUAUGUGUUGUAUGAGACUUGCGAUACGUUUCACUAAACUCGAGACAAAAAGUUGUUUCGUAUUCGAGUUUGUGUGACCGCCGGUGUGUAUAUGCAGUGCUUUCCCCCUGUCUGUCUGCUUGAUUUAUGGAUCGGCCGGCGAAGACCAACCUGCACAACAGAGCACACACACUCGGCAUAAGCAAUGUGACCACCGACGCACCGACCAAAUCAUGCAGACCACAUACCCAUGAGUCUUGCCCCAAGAUAACGUGACCUACACGAUAUUUAUUGUACUUAUAACUUUAAUUAACGAAUCUAGUCGCCAUAGCACUAUUUAAAACGAAGCAUCUUAGAGUAACUGAACGAAGUGGAAGUACAAAAAGUACAGCGAGAGUACAAACGAGCCGGGAUGAGCUAAUGUUGAUUUAACAAUAAAUUGAUACGAUUAGAGGUCCCCCGGUGACGAUACAAUGUCUACUACAAGCUUUGAGCACUCGGCGAUGAAAAGCAGCUUCUCGCUGUCGUCGCUGCGGUCGGCGGCCGCUCCGCCGGCGGGCCAGUGCGAUCAGCUCGAGAGGCCGUACCACAGUCUUACCAAAAAGAGAAAGGAGCCAUGUCGCGAGGCGUGGCGGCGCUCGUGGGGCUCGACCGCGAGCGGCGGCAGCGCCGGCGACGAUCUCUGGCCGCUGCUGCAGAGACACUACGACUACAUCAUGGACAACCAGAUCAUCAACACCUGCAAGGAAGCAAACGGCGAGUUGCAGUCGCACAACUCGACCGCUUUGCUGACCGGGCCGCGCUUGUUGAACCCCACGUCCGGCUUCAACCGGCAGUGGUCGCUCAACCAGCUGAUCGCCGAGUUCAACGAACUGUGCCAGUGGCUCACACACGUGCAGGAGGAGAUAUAUUCUAGUCCCGAGAAUUUGUCCAGUAGGAAGUUGAGGAUGAAUCGCAUGUCCGAGUUGGUGUCAGUGGAGCCGCGUCGCAUCAAGUUCGUCGAGCAGGCGAGCGCUAUACUUGAACGGAUCCCUGAAGCGAGUGGAGAAGUAACAUGGCGAAUAGAACACUUGAAGAUAAAGUGGGAAGCCCUUCGCCUGCUUCUUAGUCCUGAACAGCAGAACCGUGAUGAAGAUAAUCCUGAUGCAGUUGACACAGCGCACGAGCUCCGCUGCCUGCGUCGCUGGCUGCACUGCAUGGAGGGCCGCCUGCCGCCGCCGUCGCUCGCCGCCGCCAAGUCCGCCACCUACCACGAGCUGCUCAGGAAGCUGAGGGAGCAUCAGGUAUUACAACGCGACGUGGAAUGCCACGGUCGGAUCGUGAGCUCAGUGGUGCGGCUGUGCGGCGGCGGUGACGCGGCGCGCGCGCUCGAACGUCGUUGGCACCUCCUGUACCUGCGGGCGAUCGAGUGGCAGUGUCAUCUCGAAGCGUGUCUUAACAAGAUCAAUACACAGGCAGGAGCAUCAGUGGAAGCUGCAAGCGACAGUGACGACGAGCCUGUUCUGAAACAGCCAAGGUUAAGCAAGCGAGGAUCGCCCAAGAGUCCCCGAAGCCCAAGAAGUCCGAGGAGACAACGCACGCCGGUCAAUGCUAGGCACAGAGAGAACUCCACUGAUAGUAGGCAAUCUGCCUCCGAGGAGGAACAAGAAUAUGUGCUAACGUACACGUGGCGUGGCUUUGGAUCUGACUGCGAAUCGGAAUUGAUGAGGGAACAAAACAAAAUGGCGGACGAGAGAAGAGUGCCCGGCGCCUGCGACGACAUCAACGCCAAAACCACCGACCAGACCGUGCCAGUUAAUGAUGAUCAGAUUGAUGGCCUAGAAUUGAAUACCUCAGUGAACAUUGAAGAGAAAAUCAGAACUCCACCGACAGUUAUAAAAAGAAAGAAACCAGUCGACACAUCGAAAUUUAACCAGACUGAUAGGAAAUCGAAACACUUAGCAACAUUCUAUUUUAGACAUCAUGAUACUGAUUCGGAUAGGCAGAUGAUCGAAACAGAUGAAAAAAGCCAAGAAGAAUCUUCUGAAGAAGAAUGGACUUACGUCGGAGGUGGUAAGAUUGCAAAUGAAGAUUCGACUGAUUUAAUGACCUCAUCCGUGGAGAUACAGUGCGAAUUGCCGUUAGACGAUAAGAAACCAGAAGAGAAACCAGCAUCGCCAAAACCGAAAUUGGAAUCAUCAACACCGGAUUUGUUAAGAGUUGAAAACACGAGAUGUAAAGAUAUCGAGAGGUUGGUGAAUCAGGCUGAGGAACUGGUACAAAAACAGGCAAUGGCUAAGAAGAAGGGCGCUAGGAACUUCAAACCGCUAAGUUUUGAAGAGGAAGGCAAGAGUGUGAACAGGAACAAGAUGUCGCGGAUCAAAGAAUGGCUGAAUCAGAGUUCUGACGGCAAGAAUGAGAGCAAUCAGGGCACGGAAAGCUACGACGCGUCAGGUGAAUACACGACGGAGAGUGAAGUGGACACGUCGCUGACGUCAGAGGAGAGGAACCUGCACUCCUCGAUGGACAUGAGUACCUCGACAUGCACGGUGACGCCGACACAUCACGCGAAGGUCCAACUGCGCAAGAAACGCGGCGGCGGCGGCGCGAGGCCCUGGUCCGUGUCAUGUAUAUCGCAGCUGGGGACCCUAGCAGGGCUUGGUGGGGCGCCCACCUCCCUAGCCCAUACGCCGUCCGCCCCCGACGCCAUUUCGCACAACAUGUCCAUCUCGGAGUCAGCUCUGAACACCCUCGCAUCGCCUCAUAGAGUAACGCCAGCUAACUCCAGCUCCAAGUUGCGUGGCAGCUCUACUACUGUUCAGGGUCACGUGUCCAGCACAAACACAAUGACUGAAGCGUGCACAUCCUGCGUAGAAGCGAACGACAAGCAGUGUUGGCUGCGUCGGAAGCGGUUGAAACUGCGCCGCCAUAACAACACCGCGGUGAGACGGGAGAGGCUGGUGAAGUCGCUGUCCUUCUGCGGGAGGCUUAGUCCUGAGAUAGAAGAUAAGCACGAACGAAGUGCUGCGAGCGAUCCGGCUACUAGUAGAAAGAGCAGAUUCGACACAACGUCGACAUCAGGCAACGACAGUGACGAAGAACUGAUCAAGCAGCAACUGGCGACCAUCGCUAACCUUCGCAAAAGCAUCGAGAAGACGCACAUAUCCAGCAGGGAAGAGAGUGCCAUUCCAGAACAGAACGAAACCGAGGGUUUCAAGGCUGAAUUCAAGUUGGGACCAGCUGGUGGUACAGUUAGACCAAGGUUAGCAAGGAGUCUGGAGAGAGAGAGGAACUUCCUCGCGCUAAGUCUUGGUGAUCCCAGUCAGCUGUGGGACCUCAGUAUGGACAAGGAUUCAGAUGUGGACAAAAGUGUGACGGCUGGCACGGAAGAGCAUAGUUCGUUUUCAGAACAAGCUUGGGAUUUCUAUCAGGAGAAAUACAAUUCGGAACCAUAUUCAGAAGCCCCGGAUUCAGACGCCGCGCGUCGUUUACUGGAAUUUGGCGACGAUUACCGAGCGUUCUUAGACUCGCAAUCGGACUGCUGUUCUAGUCUGUCCGCGCAACCAGAGAACGACAUAAGCCCCAGUGGCACGCGCAGGCGUCGACCCCCCUCCGAAAUGUCCAGGGAAAGAAGCUUGCCUCGCUACAAACGCCCAACCAGAAACUCUCCCGUCGAAACACCCUCAAGAAAGCCGAAAAAGUCCAUGUCCAGUGCAGAGCGCAAAAAGUCACUACUCGACAGCCUAGAGAGGUCCAGAAACAACACCAGCAUAGAGAGCAGCGAUGGAGUCCGGCGCAGGAAACCCUCAGAAUCUGAGAGAAAGAACAGCAAACGCUCACCGGAAUUCGACUUGCUCAACGUGCAGGCGCUCAGCCGCAGACGCCACAGCUCAAACAUGACCAGCGACGAAGUGAACAGCUCGCUAGAGUACACAGAGGUGAACAACCGUCCGGACAUACUCGACUCGCUGACCAGAAGGCGGCGGAUCGAGAAAGACGGCGAGACGGAGCUGCAGAAGGUGGCGCUGUCGGAGCUGCGGCGGCGCUCCACCGAGAGCGGCGACUCGGAGACGGAGUCGUCGAGCCCCAAGAAGCACAGCCGGCGCAGCCGCUCGGGCUCGGAGUCGGGCGCAGGCGCGAGCGCGGCGCGGCUGGUGCUGCGCGGGUCGGGCGCGGCGCUGGCGGCGGCGGAGGCGGCGCUGGCGGCGGCGGACGCGGCGGAGCCCGACCUGCUGCGCGCGUUCGACUACACGGAGGUCGUGUCGCGUUGUCGCGAUAAUAUCAACUUGUUGGAGGCGACGUUGGCCAGUGGGUCACUGUCGCCCACACUGCAGAGAGAUGUCAGAGCCCCGUUCACACCAGCGGUUUCGGCGCGAUGGUCGGCGUUGCGCGUUGCAGCGACCCGCCGCGGCGGCGCUCGCCGUCUGCGCCGCGAGAUGGCAGCACUGCGCGAGACGCUGGAUGACGUUUGCGAGCCAGGAGAUUGUGCCCCACAGCCGCAUACAAGGGCCCAGCUGCAUCGCAGGAUUGAGGAGUUGAAGGACCGUCUUUCCCGCCUGCUGGAAUGCAAAGUGUCGAUGCUGAAGCUGACUGUGUCGGUGCGUCGUGCGCUUGUUGAGAUGGAGUCUGACGACAGCGGACUGGCGGCCGAUUUGGCGGCGUUGCUGGCUGCAUGGGAUGAUGCGCAUCAAAGGACCUCAAACGAGCUCCUAUCGCUGGAAAAGGCAGUGUGCGCGUGGGCAGAGUGGGAGAGCGCGCUGCGCGAGCUACAGGGUGCUCUGCGCGGGGACCUCGCCACGCUCGAGUCGCUGCGGGACCGCGGUACCAACGUCGCCGAUCAGAACGAAGUGGCCGCUCAGAUUAAACAGCUGGCAGCCUCGCUGGUUGAGAAGAAGAAGGGCAGUUCAACGUGCGAUUCGCUGUCCGACUCGGGUAUCUCCGACGGCGACAGCGAGGGCGUGGGGCGACGCGCGCGCCGCCUCAGUGCGUUGAGAGAGCUCGCGCGCCGCCUGCAGGCUGCGCUUGCGCCUAACUCGCCCGCGCAUAAAGCUAUCGCGAAGCGCAUGGAGCAGACGGAGAACGAAGUCCGCAUACUGCAGGAGUCGUGUCGCGCUCUCGUCGAGCAAAGCAUUCCAGAUCUUAAGAUCGACGAGGACACCGAUAACAGCAUAGCAACAGUCGCCGGGAACAAGACGAAUCCCGGAGACCCGGACUACAGUCCCCGCGGAGGCUGGGUGUGGCGAGUUCUGCGCUCUUCCCUCCCGAUCCAGCUAUGCCUGGUCGCCCUCCUGCUGGCCGCCUGGCUCGUCGAACGGCCCAGGUGCUGCGAUGCCCUCAACUCCUUCGCUCAAAGCCUGACCCCACAGCUGCGCUACGUACGUGGACCUCCCCCGGUCUGAAAACUUAAUGGAUUCAGCAUUAUAUUGAGCAUCGUUAGCUACAUGAUUAGCUUGAAAAGAACUUCACUGGUGGUGAGGAUAAAGCACAUUAUUGUGCAUUCGACAUGAUUGAAGAAUUAAAGCACGUAUGUGCCUUCUGAAGUUUGUGUUGACUUUGAGAAAGUCUGUACGGAGUGGGUAUUCUGUACCCAAACGGGAUUGCGUAAAGCAAUAUUUUUAUUAUUAAGGGUUUUGAAGAUUUGACGCAAGCGGGAGUGAUUUUGACAUACUAACAUAUCUUUACAAUAUGUACCUUAAAAACCCAAAAAAUACGUGUGGAGUUUCGAUUUGCGAAUGACAAGAAUAACUGACUUAGAGAAAAUAAAAUAGAAUAACAGACUUCCAUCUAGAUUUGCUCAUAAGGAAAGUUCAAAUGAAAAAGUGUUCCAAAAAAAAUAAUAAUCAUCUGUAUCAGAUGAAGUUCAAAGUAGUUAGUCUAUGAUUUUAAGUAUAACAAUACUUACUAACAAUUGACAAACGAUUUAUAAGUUUGUACUUAGCGUAGAAGCAUGAAUAUGUUAGUACAAUUAUUUGAUAGGUUACAUUUAUUAAUGUGUGAGAGGUGUAGCAAUUUUUCGAUUACAUACAAUAUUUUUUGAAUUUUUGUAAAAUCUUGUGCCUCUAGUAUAACCUCAAAAUAUAGAUCAACGACAUUUUGGACUUGUAGCCUUACUAUAUUAAAUAAGACUGAUAAAAAAAUAGGGACAUCUUCCAUAAUUCCCCCACUAAUUAAAUAUUUGAAUGUAACAAAUAUAGCCAUAUGUAGUUUUUGUCUGUGUUGUCCUACGCUAAUUUUGAAUUAGUAAACCAUAAAUAUGUACCUAUUAUAUAAAUCUUCAUUAUUAUACUGAAUGAAACUGACACCCAUUUAAUGGGAUUUUUUGUUUUCCUAUCUCAUACAGAUGCUAUUAGUUGAUUAUGAAUCAAUUUUAUAUUGUAGUCUUACUUUACAAAUAUCUCUUUAGCAACACUAUUAUUUUCCGAAGUAGAUUUUCAGUGAUUUUUAAGUAAUUUUUAGUGAUGCCAGCUUUUAUAUUUCUUUUUUAACGCUGGCAACUAGCUGAAAUAUUAUCUAUUUUACUUAUGAUCGUAUCGAAUAUUUGUAAUAUUAUAUUUAUUAUAAUUAAUAUGAAUUCAUGAUAACAAUUACCAUUGAAUGAAUAUGUGCCUGAUUAUUAUUUUUAUUCAUUGUUAUGUGUUUAUUAAUUUGUUUAUUUUAACGGCUUUGUUCACACUGGUGCAUUUUGCUAUCGAUUACAGCAAGAAUACAAUUGAAAGAUCCUAAAAUAACAUUAGCCCCUAAUAAAAAUUUAUCAAAUGUUUACAAUUAAACAUUAUAGUUCAGUUAUUGGCUAUUGAAAAAACCUUGGGGGUAACAAUUAAGUUUUCUAAUACGAAAUAUAAAUCUCAAUAAUUUUAAGCUGAAAUCAAAAGAAACAUGAACCAAUGUGAACAAAGCUGUAUGGCGACAUAAUUAUCAUAGUGACUUGUUGAAUGUUUUUAUCGAAUCAAACAUAUAUCAAUACACUUCAUUAAUUAUUCUGAGAAAUUGUGUAGUGAUAAACAGUUGUCCAGCAUACAAAUACUUUACUGUUUCUAAAGGCAAUGUUGUUCGCCUUCCUGAACGGUAUAAAAGUAUAUAAAAUGCAAAAGGAAUUCAAUUUAAACUGCCGAAGUGUGAAUGUGUGCGUGAUUAUUAUUUGAAUGCACGUUUUAAUGCUAUAGAUAGGUACACUAACUAUAGUAUUCUAGUUGCUAAGUCAUUGAAAUUUCGCUGUGGUUUUAUUGCAAUGUGGCAUAAAAGUAUUUUGAAUUUUUACUAAAGAGUAAUUUUUAUUAUCUCGUGUGGUAGUAUUAUUAUAUUGUGUAGCUGGCCACACUGAGGAAUUUUAUGAAAAACAAAACCACAGGGAAAGUUGUUCAACAUUCUAUAAUCAAUUUAAGGCAAUUAAUGCCGCCGUAGUGUGUCAUAUUUCUUUUAAUUUUAUACUUUUUAAUUUUAACUCUAUAAUUGAAAGAAAAUAGACAUGCUAAUAUUGUGCAUUUAAUUUUUCGUUCUUCGGCAAGGUUGUGAAAGCAUUAUAAAAUGAACGAUAGCAUAAAGGCAUGAUGGCUUUGGAAUGGAAAUAAACAUUUUUAAACAUA